AUGUCUUUGGCGCAAGAGGCUGCACUAGUUGAUUAUCGGGAGGAUGAGGACGAGACUCAGCAAGGUGCGUCCGGUGACGGCAAGCAGCAACAGGCGUCGGGAAACUACGUCGCAGUGGAGACGGCGGGCUUUCGCGAUUUUUACCUAAAGCCGCAGUUGAUUCGUGCGCUUGGAGACGCAGGGUUUGAGCAUCCCUCGGAAGUGCAGCACGAGGCGAUCCCGCACGCAAUUACCGGUGUGGACUUAUUAUGCCAGGCGAAGUCUGGUAUGGGGAAAACUGCGGUAUUUGUUUUGUCGGUAUUGCACCAGCUUGACGAGGAGAAGUUGGAGAACGCUGUUUACUGCUUGGUGAUUGCGCAUGCCCGAGAGUUGGCGUUCCAAAUCAAGAAUGAGUUCGAGCGUUUCCGCAAGCAUAUGAAAUCGAUUCGAUGCGACGUGUUCUACGGUGGUGUCCCAAUCACUAAGAAUGUAGAGAUCCUGUCAAACAAUGAUACGAUUCCGCACAUAGUUAUUGCCACUCCGGGGCGCUUGUUGGCCUUAAUCAAAAAGGAAUACCUGAAGACUAACAUGGUUCAGUUCUUUGUGCUGGAUGAGUGCGACAAAUGUUUGGAGAAGUUGGACAUGAGGAAGGACGUCCAGGACAUUUUCACCAGGACCCCAAGAAGUAAGCAAGUCAUGAUGUUGACGGCGACAUUGGACAAAGACAUGAAGGACGUGUGCAAACGGUUUAUGCAGAACCCGAUUGAAGUCAUAGUCGACGACGAGGCGAAGCUGACCCUCCAUGGCUUGCUCCAGUUCUACGUCAAAUUGACGGAGUCUCAGAAGAACCGGACCCUUUCGGAUUUACUGGACCGUCUAGAGUUCAAUCAGGUGAUAAUCUUUGUCAGGAGUGUGAGCCGGGCUGUCGCAUUGGAUAACUUACUGAACGAAUGCUCCUUCCCCUCCAUCGCCAUACAUGGUGGCCUCACUCAACAGGAGAGAAUCGAGGCCUACCAGAAGUUCAAGAACUUCGAAAAACGGCUCAUGGUAGCCACCGAUCUUUUCGGCCGAGGGAUCGAUAUCGAACGAGUCAACAUCGUCAUCAACUACGAUAUGCCCGAAAGCACGGAUGCCUACUUGCAUAGAGUUGGACGCGCAGGACGCUUCGGCACAAAGGGCCUGGCCAUCACCUUCGUCGCCAGCGAAGAAGACUCCCUUAUGCUCAAUGAAGUGCAGGCACGCUUCGAAGCCAAAGUUGACGAAAUGCCGGACACAAUUGACUCCUCUCAAUACAGUAAUCUAACCGCUUCCUCCUCACCCCUCUUAACUUACACCCCACCACUCUUGAUCUACACCCUCUCUUGA